UUUGUGGACUAGGGAGGCAAGAUAAAUGUAGUUAGCAGAGGCAGCAGGUCUCAGAGAUAAUGCUCAGGUGUACACCUAUCCAGCUUGAAAACUAGAGCAAACAAACCUUAGCAGAAAUGCCUUUUGUCUGAAAUCACUGAUAUUAACUUUGACAGUAAAAUGUCAAUGUCAAGCUACACCGCCUGUUGCAGUUUUGUGUAGCCAUGUGGUGACUAUAAAGAACCAGCACAGUUAGCUGAGGUGAGGUCAUGAUGCCAGUGAGAAGACAUGGCACUGGCAAGGACAUUAUUUGCCUGACCCUCAUGAGGAGAUGCAGCUGCAAGCCCAGCCCUCACGUAUUGACUCUGCCCCAGUGAGGAGGCAACCCCAGCUUUGGUCUUCAGCAAGUGGCUGGUUAAAAAGGUGUCUGCCACGCUAGAAUCAUAGAAUGCCAGGUUGGAAGGGACCUGAAGGAUCAUCUGGUCCAACCUUUCUAGGCAAAACAUGACUUAGACUAGAUGUCCCAGCACCCUGUCCAGCCAAAUCUUACGUGUCCAAUGUUGGGCACUCCACCACUUCUCUGGGGAGAUUAUUCCAACGGCUGAUUCUUCUCACUGUGGAAAAUUCCCCUUUGGUAUCCAGUGGAAAUCUCCCCAGUAACAAAGCAAGUGACAGGCAAAGAUCAUUCUGCUCUGGAGACUUAGAAGGCACUGAGAUUUAUAUUGAGUAUUAUUUAAGACCAAAAGCUCACCCAUUCAGGGUAACUUUUAAUGAAGUACAUUUUAGUGGGCAAUGUUUUUACAGCUUCUGUGAUAACUGCCAUAUGGAGCCGGGUUUGAAACCCACUUGUGUGAAUUUUAAGUAGCAUUACUUUCAUUAUUUUAACCUAAGGUUAAGUGAGCCAUAAAUUUGGCUCAUGGGAGAGCGUGCACAGAGGGAAGGUUCCAGAUUCAGCGCAGCUGCCACUGAUGAAGAGUUGGAGUAAAGGUGUGCCAGGUUACUUGAUUUCUUUCUUUCUUUUAUUUUUCUCCCUCCUGAACAGGUAUGCCCGAGUUUCUCUGCUAUUAAAAUUCAAGGCCUUGCAAAAAGGUUGUCAUUUAGGCAAGUCUAUUUGUGUUGCUUGGAUAAAAAAAAAUCUGAGUGUUUAAUUUUUGCUGUUUUAUCUUUCAUCUUGUUUUGUUCUUUCUUUGCUGCACAGUGCUGCUAGCUGAGAUUAAGGUGUUCAGAGUUCCUGAUUUGCCGCUGACUCAGUGCCAGUGUUGCUGUGGGCACUCAGCCGCUCAACAUCAAGUGAACAUUAUUAGGUGGUGCGAGGGGGAUGCGGCACCGAGGAGCGGGCUCGGCAGAGGGUCCCCUGACGGGCACGGUUUGAACGCCGGGAGCGCUUUGGAUGCCGGCGGCGGCAGCAGCGGCGGCUGUGAAGAUCGUGGAGAGUUGGAAACGACAUGAAUUCUUCGGUUCUCACCCCGCUGGGAAAUAUGACCGGUCUUCUGAAUUUUUCAGAGAAGAACUCACAGUUCUUGCAGUUUGAGGAUGAAGAUUGCCAUGUGCCUUUGGCCAUGGUCUUUACUUUGGCCUUGGCUUACGGCACUGUGAUAAUUCUGGGAGUUUCUGGGAAUCUGGCCUUGAUUGUCAUUAUUUUAAAACAGAAGGAGAUGCGCAAUGUUACCAAUAUCCUCAUAGUCAACCUGUCCUUUUCUGAUCUUUUAGUGACCAUCAUGUGUCUUCCCUUUACCUUUGUGUAUACUUUAAUGGACCACUGGAUUUUUGGGGAGGCCAUGUGCAAAUUGAAUCCUUUUGUGCAAUGUGCCUCAAUUACAGUCUCAGUCUUUUCUUUAGUCCUCAUUGCUAUUGAACGCCACCAGCUGAUCAUUAAUCCUCGUGGCUGGAGGCCAAACAACAGACAUGCGUACAUGGGGAUUGCUGCCAUAUGGAUUUUAGCCACAGCUUCGUCUUUGCCUUUCCUGAUCUACCAUGUGUUAACAGAUGAACCCUUCAGAAACCUAACAUUUGAUGAAUAUAAGGACAAAUAUGUGUGCUUGGAUCUGUUCCCUUUGGACACUGCUAGGCUCUCUUAUACCACAACGCUUUUAGUGAUUCAAUACUUCGGACCGCUUUGUUUUAUAUUUAUUUGCUACUUGAAGAUAUACAUACGGCUGAAAAAAAGGAACAACAUGAUGGACAAGAUAAGAGACAGUAAGUACAGAUCCUCUGAAACCAAAAGGAUCAACAUCAUGCUGAUCUCGAUAGUGGUUGCCUUUGCAGUUUGCUGGCUGCCCCUCACAAUCUUCAACAUCGUCUUUGAUUGGAAUCACGAAAUUUUGCCUGUUGCUACCUGCAGCCACAACCUAUUGUUCCUGAUUUGCCACCUCACUGCCAUGAUCUCUACCUGUGUGAACCCCAUCUUCUAUGGGUUUCUCAAUAAGAACUUCCAAAGGGACCUGCAGUUUUUAUUUCACUUUUGCCAUUUCCGCUCCCGUGAGGAGGAUUAUGAGACUAUAGCCAUGUCCACCAUGCACACAGAUGUUUCAAAAACCUCUUUAAAGCAGGCAAGCCCAGUCGCAUUUAAAAAAAUAAGUAGUGAUGAUGAUGACAAAAUAUAAAGAAGUAAUAAAUAUUCUACACCCAACUGCUGGAAGUGUGAUUGCAGGUGAAACAUGUCCAAGGACAAGCACAAUUACAUAACAAGAACAGAAUGGGUAGUGUUUUUCUUCUUUUUCCAAGGAACUUUGAUUGUUGUCACUUUAAAAUUGGACGCUGUGCAUUUUUGCCCCUUUUACUGCUUUAAUGUUCACAGCAGUUACAUCUGAAUCUUAUUAUAAGACAUAGUCAGACCUGCUACUACCUAUGGUUUUCAUCA